GUAAUUUUUCCCCAAAAAACAAAAAAAAAAAAAAAAAAAACAAAAAGGAAAAAAGGAAGAGAAAAACAGAAAGAAAAAACCAAGUUCAAAGAGUCCGGUGCUGGAAAUGCCAGAACACAGCCGGUUUCCAAAGUGCCAAAUGCCGGAGUCCUCCAUGAGUCCCUCACUUAUAAACUUCAGCUAAGCUCUCCAAGAGAGCUAUUAUCACUUUCAGUUUUCAACCGGGUUUUUCUGUAAUUUGCCUCUCUCAGCCAUGCCCGAUUUCUAGGAUUUCAUUUUUUUAUUUUUCCUUUUAGGGUUUUAAAACACUUAUCAUGACCGAUAAGCCCCGCCCACUACCGCCAUUGAAGUCACUCAGCCUCCAAGAUUGGGAGCUCCUCAUCGACGAUUUCCAACAUGGCGGUGCACGCCUCCAGAGAUGGACAUCUACCUACACAAUCCUACCUUCCCUCGUCGACCAAGCUCUCUCUUCCCUCCUCAAACGCGAUUUCCCUCUCAAACUCUCCCUCAUACUCUUCCUCGAAGAGUUCUCCGACACCCUCUUGAAGGGAUUUUCGAACCCAGAUUCCGAUUCCCUAGAAAACCCACUCCACCGCCUCGUCGAGACCCUCCGUGUCCUGCUUCAGACACCCAUUGAUGGGGUCCAAGUCACCUUUGCUCUCAAAGAGCAAAUGAUGGUUUCCGUCACUUCCAUUCUGAUCUCGCUCGAUGUGGGUCUGGGUCAGAUUUAUCAUCUGCGACGGGUCGAGAGCUUGGUCGAAUUGUUGUUGACGGUGAUUAACCGGCCCAAUUACGGGUCCGACCGGCAGGCUCGAGCCGUAGCUUGUGAGUGCCUUAGGGAGUUGGAGAUGGCGUACCCUUGUUUGCUCUCUGAAAUUGCUGGGUAUUUGUGGAGCUUGUGCCAGAACGAGAGGACUCACGCUUCGCAGAGCUAUAUUCUGCUGUUCUCCUCUGUUAUUCAUAAUAUUGUUGCCCAGAAGCUCAACGUUUCGAUUCUGAAUACUUCGGUUCCUUUGGUUCCAUUCAGCGUGCCGCAGAUAUUGUUGGAUGAUUUGGGUUUUGGUAAGGAGGGCUCUGCGGGGUUGAACUACAAGGAGUUGAAGAGAGCCAUGGCGUUUUUGUUGGAAUGGCCUCAGGUUUUGACUCCUUGCGCGAUGGUGGAGUUUCUGUCGAUGAUAAUGCCAUUGGCAUUGGCUUUGGACUUGCAGGCUUCCAUGAUGAAGGUGCAGUUCUUUGGGAUGGUUUAUUCCUAUGAACCUAUGCUAUACCAUGCUGUUUUGACUAUGUAUUCGCAAUUUUUAGAAGCUUUUGAUGGGCAAGAGGGCCAGAUUGCCCGCCGACUCAUGUUGGUUUGUAGAGAGACUCAGCAUUUUUUGGUAUUUAGAUUGCUUGCGCUUCACUGGUUGUUGGGUUUCUAUGAACUGCAACUGAAAAGGGAUGCUGGGAAGAUGAAGCCGAUCGUGGAGAUGGGUUUAAGCAUCUAUCCUAGUGUGUUUGACCCUCUUGCUCUUAAAGCAUUAAAGCUUGACUUGCUGGCAUUCUGCGCCAUACGCAUCUCCGAGAAUGGUUCAGGUGGUGGGGAUGCAGGUAAUGGGAAGGAGAUGGUGAAGCUGUUUAAGGAUGGUCUAGUUUCUGUAUCGGCGUUCAAAUGGUUGCCUGCAGGGAGUUCAGAGACUGCGGUGGCAUUCCGUACCUUUCAUAAAUUCUUGAUUGGUGCAUCAUCUCAUUCUGACUCUGAUCCUUCCACCACUGGAAGUAUCAUGGACUCCAACAUCUUCCGAACUGUACAGGGAAUGCUGGUGGACGUGAUGCUGGAGUAUCACAGAUUAGUUCCUGUGAUGGUUGCUUUCACAGAUCGCUUGUUGGGUUGUCAAAAGCACUGUUGGCUGGGAGAGCGCUUACUUCAGACAUUUGAUGAGCAUUUGCUUUUGAAAGUCAAAAUUGGCUAUAAAUUGGUUUCUUACUUCCCAAUACUUGAAAGAAUUGCAGAAAAUAAUACAAUUCCUCCACGAGGAUUGCUUGAGCUUCUUGGCAAGUUCAUGGUUUUCCUUGUUGAGAAGCAUGGCCCUGAUACAAGAUUAAAAUCUUGGUCUCACGGAAGUAUAGUUCUUAGCAUUUGUCGAACGUUGCUGAUUCAUCAUAGUAGCUCUAGAUUGUUCCUUAGGCUAUCUCAACUUCUUGCAUAUACUUGCCUCUAUUUUCCUGAUUUGGAGAUUCGAGACAAUGCGAGGAUCUACCUUCGGAUGCUGAUGUGUCUGCCAGGAAAGAAGCUGAGGGACAUGCUGAACUUUGGGGAACAAAUCCUUGGCAUUUCACCAUCAUCACAUUCUAGUUCAUUUUUCAAUGUCCCAUCUCCUCGGGCUUCUCACAAUCUCAAGAAGUCUAAAAACAUCUCAUCCUAUGUCCACCUUGAGCGUGUGAACCCCUUACUUGUCAAGCAAUCUUGGUCCUUGUCUUUAUCAUCUUUUUGCAUUGGAAAUAACAAUCCUGAUUAUCUCGAGGGUAUCAGGGACAGUGAACCUGUAGUUGAGGAAAGGGAGAUUGAUAGCAGUAGUACAAUUCAGAUAAUACCAGAAAUUGAGAGAAUCGAUCAGCCACAGGGGCCAUUACGUGUGAUGGAUUCAAAAAUUUCCGAGAUUCUAGAAACAUUGAGAAGGCAUUUUUCUUGCAUUCCUGAUUUUAGACACAUGGCAGGGCUCAAGGUAAAAAUAUCCUGUAAUUUGAGGUUUGAAUCUGAGCCUUUCAAUCGUAUAUGGGGUGACAGCACCCCUGGGGGUGAUUUGGAUGAAAUAGAUUCCCUUCCUGCUAUAUAUGCAACAGUGCUCAAGUUUUCAUCCUCUGCACCAUAUGGUUCUAUUCCAUCAUAUCACAUACCUUUUAUUCUUGGUGAACCUCCAAGAAAUAAGGACAUUGGUGAACCUCCAAGAAAUAAGGACAUUGGUGAACCUCCAAGACAGAAGGACAUUGGUGAACCUCCAAGAAAUAAGGACAUUCCUGGUCAACUUGUUUCUUUAGACAUUGUUCCUCUGGAAAAUGGUUCUGAGGAAGAUGAAAGAUUUAGAGCUCCUGUAGUGAUUGAAUUGGAACCACGGGAACCUACCCCCGGUAUGGUUGAUGUUCUCAUCGAAACAAAUGCAGAAGAUGGUCAGAUUAUUCAUGGUCAACUUCGUAGUGUCACUGUAGGCAUAGAAGACAUGUUUCUUAAGGCCAUUGUCCCACCUGAUGUCAAGGAAGAUGCAAUGCCUGGUUAUUACUCAGAUUUGUUUAGUGCUCUGUGGGAGGCAUGUGGCACUUCUGGCAAUACAGGGAGGGAGACCUUCCCACUACAGGGAGGCAAAGGUGUUGCAGCCAUCAGUGGAACCCAGUCAGUCAAGCUGCUUGAAAUUCCUGCAACAUCUUUGAUUCGGGCUAUUGAGCGAUAUCUGGCACCUUUUGUUGUAAGUGUGAUUGGUGAACCACUUGUUACUAUUGUGAAGGCUGCGGAAGUUAUUAGGGACAUCAUUUGGAAGGAUGUGGCCUCAGAUUCAUCCAUAGAUGCUACCAGCUUAGAUAAUGAUUUUAACAGGGGCCCACUUCAGCUCACAUACAUGGAUGAUUUAGGUGAGAGGGAUAGUCUUGCAAAUAUCGGUAAAAGAAACUUGGGUUGCUUUCUUGUUUUAAUAUUUCUUCCACCAAGAUUCCAUCUCCUCUUCCAAAUGGAAGUAUCUGAUGUUUCAACUUUAGUUCGAAUUCGUACUGAUCACUGGCCGUGCUUAGCUUAUAUAGACGAUUACUUGGAAGCUUUAUUUUUGACAUAGAAGGAAUUUGUUUAUUUAUUUAUUUAUUUUUCCUUGAGAGUAUAUCUGCACAGAAGAUGGAUAUCAUCAACUCCUUUUGAUGCUGUUGUAAGGUCAUAGGCAUUCUCUUCAAUAUUUUUUUCCCCUAGUGUUUCAUAGAGAAGGGUAUUCUUUUUGUUGCCCAAAAUAAACUAGUGUAAAUACAUCUGCAGUUGAGUCCAUUGUAUUCUUUUUUGGUGUAUCAGAGAUUUAGAAAUACAAUUUUUGUAUUAUUUUUUUUGGUUGGGAAUUUUACAAGAUCUCUGUAGGUUGAACGGGCAAACCAGAAUGAUGGAAUAAUUUGUAAGAUGUUCUCUUGAAGUCAAUGCAAAGUUGCAAACUUAAUUUGCUCUCUGGUAA